AUGGCGCCAUUUGCACACAAGUCCGACACUAUGUUGGACAGUGAGGCCACGCAGCUGGGGCGAGAUCCCCACGUUCUGCUGCUUGAAACAAUUCGCGGCGUUCUCCGACCAAAAACCACGUCUGUGGCACUCUUUCUCGGUGGAUCCGUGCCGAGCUGCUUGUGCAGGAACGUGCGACCUGAAGAACUGUCCAGCUAUGCACGUUGUGGUUGCAGCAACGAUUCACGGUCUACAAACACGCCUCGGUACAUUUGGCGUCUCGCAAGGUCGUAG